AUACAUUAUCUGUGGUUUGACAUUUCAUCCCACUGACGUGUAGUGCUGAGAGCUCGCGUUUUGAAAUUAUUUUCCAUUGGUAACGUGGAAAAUUCAUGUCAAUUUAUGAAUUGAACUUGAAAUAUUGAUUUCAAUAAAGACAACAAAAAAACGGCUCAGGUAUAUUCAUAACUGUGUGUGAAAAUUAAGGCCAUACGAGCUUUAAUCAUGUCCGUAACUAAAAGAAAAAAUGUGCCGGAAAAGGAGGAAUUGAUUGAAAACGGUGCUGCACCUAUAAACACUGGACAAAGUAACAUAAAAGGAGAUGAACUCAAUAUCGCCGUAUUAUUAUUUCUGUACACUUUGCAAGGUAUUCCCCUAGGCCUCGCUGGAGCUGUGCCUAUGCUUUUACAAAAUCGGGGAAUCACCUACACACAACAGGCAGAAUUUAGCUUUGUAAACUGGCCCUUCAGUGUCAAAUUAUUAUGGGCUCCAAUAGUUGAUGCACUAUUUUGGCCGAAGUUUGGCCGACGCAAGACUUGGCUGGUGCCUGUGCAGUACCUCAUUGGCAUUGUCAUGAUCAUCAUGUCAAGCAGCAUCACAGACUGGCUAGGGUCUGAUGAAAAAGCUCCUAAUAUGAUACUUCUCAUUGUCACAUUUUUAUUUUUGAACUUUUUGGCGGCUACUCAAGACAUAGCAGUUGAUGGUUGGGCUCUGACUAUGUUAAAAAGGUCGAAUGUAGGCCACGCCUCAACUUGUAACACAGUUGGACAAACUGCUGGCUUCUUUCUCGGCUACGUCCUAUUCCUAGCCCUAGAAUCUCCGUACUUCUGCAACAAGUAUCUCAGAAUCGUCCCAGAAGACGUUGGCCUCGUCACUUUAGCCAGUUUCUUAUUUUUCUGGGGUUGGGUCUUCAUUGUCUCCACUACACUAAUAGCAGUCUUUAAACAUGAGGCUAAAGAAACGGAUCACAAAGAGAAUGAGACUAAAGGAAUGAGUGACAUUGUUGAUGCCUACAAACAAUUGUAUACUAUCGUGAAAUUGCCUGCCGUUCGGACUUUAACGUUAGUGUUAUUCACAGCCAAGCUUGGUUUUUGUGCCAGUGACGCAGUUUCCGGUCUCAAAUUAGUAGAGGCUGGUGUGCCGAGAGAAGACAUGGCGUUGUUGGCCGUGCCACUAGUCCCAGUUCAAAUUAUAUUACCAGUGUUACUAGCUCGGUACACGACGGGGCCCGCGCCGCUCUCUCUAUGGCUGCACGCGUUCCCGUUCCGACUGUUAGUGGGUCCGCUAGCAGCUGGUUUAGUGGCCCUAACUCCCUCACUGCUUGGGGACUCCGGCCCUUCAUACUCGUACCUUUUGGUAUUGAUGGCUUUGUACAUCUUUCACCAGACCUGUCUCUACUGCAUGUUUGUAGCAGUGAUGGCUUUCUUCGCCAAAGUGUCAGACCCGGCCGUCGGCGGCACUUACAUGACGUUACUCAACACUGUAUCCAACCUGGGGACCAAUUGGCCUAACACUUUAGCCUUGUGGGCCAUAGACCAUUUGACUUUCAAAAGCUGUUCACUGCCUGAGAUGAGCGACAAUACGUGCUCUUCCAAGCUUGAGAGUGAUUUGUGUAAAAACUCUGGAGGCACCUGCCUUACACGAAUCGACGGGUUCUACAUAGAGACCGCCAUCUGCCUCGCCGUCGGUUACCUCUGGCUACAGUGGGGCCGCCCCACCAUCAACAGGCUGCAGCGCCGCCCCGCCUCGGCAUGGCAAGUCAGGUCGCUCAGAUAAGACUGUUUUAAUUAUAAUAGCCUCAUAAGAAAUUUGGCAGUGAAAUUUGAAUCUUAUGAAAUGAAAACAGAGUUGGAUUUGGUUCGCUGUACAAUUGUACGGAAACAUAUGCAACUCUGUUUCGAUUAAAAUUGGUUUAAAUUUCAUUGAGUAUAAUUAGUAUUAAUGUUGGACCGUGGGACGCUAGAGGAUAAUCUAGAUCUCAAACUGGGAAUAUGUUUACAGUUACAGUACCAACAUAGAUCAAGGAAUACUAGGUUUGUGGUGCUGAUUUUCAGACUUUAGUGCUUGACUACCUACAUACUGUAUAACCUUAGUUACAUUGAACUUCACGACGUCGUGUUACGUUAACCGAGGUUUAGACUAGCAAGAACUUACAAUGCAAUUUAUUUUUUAAUACAGUUGCUCAAAAAGUGCUACUUUUCGUGGCUGUUUAGCGUGCGGAAAGUUGGUUUUCGCGAACUAGUGCUUUUUACUUUUCCAAUUUUUUUAAAUUUUUACUUGUUCCAAUUCAUGACUACUUAUUGAUGAGUGUUAAUAUCAGUUUCCUUUAAACGUAAUCAACAUAAAAACCUACUGUUAAUGUAAGAAUACGAAAAAUAUGUAUAUUUCAUAUUUUAUUACUUACCUCUUCAUCAUAAGUAUUAUAACACGUUUAUUUUUUAAUGUUGAAAAACCGUUCUUAAUAAGUUGUCUGAAUGGAACGGAACGCCUAGAAGAGGCGUAUUUUCUUACUGCAAGAAUGUUUUAAGUUUCCAAAGGCAACAUUCGAUAUUGUUUUUAUAAAUAUACGAUACACAAAUAAUCGUAAAUAACGAUGUUUAGGUAACAAUAGUACAAUGUUUUAAUAUUUACAAUUGUUUCUGUCUUAUAGAACAUGCAUUUGAAAAAAAAAACUGUCAUUGAAGUGGGUUCAAUAAUAAUAACAAAAUCUAUUCUAGUCGAAUAAAAGCUAGAAAAACACCUCUUCAUAAUGUCAAUGAUGUCACAGAAUUAAUAACAUAAAAGUUUCUAAUUCCAUUCUUUACUUGUUUGUUUUUCUUAUUUUUUCGCAACUGUAUUAAAAAACGUCAUUCGAUACACGUGCGGAAAUGUCAUUCUUCACUCGUUCCGAGUCUUGCCACUCGCCUACGGCUCGUGGCAAGAUAUCUCGGUGCUCGUAGAGUAAUGACAUACUUUCCGCACUAGCAUCGAAAUGUACUAUUGCAUUGCGGUAUCUGAUAAACAUUUUGAAUGCAGUUUACCUUAGUAGUCAGCAAUGUAACGUAAAUUGCAUGCAAGUUCUUGCUAGUCUAAACCUCGCUUUACGUUGAGGCGCGGAUAAUAUCGCAUGAUGAGCGGGGUCGUACAACAGCGCCAUCCUGCCGUCCGGCAAUUAGUAUGACCAUUUAAUUUUCUUGUAUCAUGUAUCAAUUUUAUCAUUUAGGGCCCAACCACACUGGCG